AUGGUUGAGACUGCGCCAGAGGCAGAUGCCAAUACUCAUAACAAUGCCCCCGCCCGAUCUUCAAGUAUCGGGUUUAAUAUGGGAAGGCAUUCUUCGUCCAACACGCGCAUAAACGAGAUAUUAGAGAACGCUCGUGAACGCGCCCAGUCAAUGGCUCCUACUGCUUCUCCCACCAACCUCUCCCCCAUGCCUGCUGGCAGUCCUAUCCUCCCACCCAACUCGGCCCUUAAAGCGAAUCCUGCAAACGAUGAUAGUAGCGCCGACGAGGCCACGGGCUUCAUCUCUCAUACACCACCUCUGAACUACAGCUCUCUCAACGUUACAAGCGCUGCGACUUCCGGUCCCCGCGCUCGCAAAACGUCUACUCGAAGCUCGCGCCAAAUACCACCUUCUCGGCCAAACAGUAACGGGGCUGUGCCGAGUUCUCAGGCAAACCAACAGGAUGAACCAGAUGAUGAAGACCAGCCCUGGUGGAAGGCACAGGCGGAAAAGUUCCAUUCCAUAGAGUUGGAAAACAAAGGCAGUGUCGCACGUGAUCAUCUUGCUAUCGAACGAACAUUUCUAGCAUGGCUACGGACGUCCCUUUCGUUUGCGAGUAUAGGCAUUGCUGUUACACAACUCUUCCGACUCAAUACCAGUCUCGAGAGCGGCAACGAUGGCGACAAGAUCUCUGACCGAAACGCUGCGACACUACGACACAUGGGCAAGCCUCUCGGCACAACGUUCCUGGGCAUCAGCAUUCUGGUCCUGUUUCUCGGAUAUAAGCGUUACUUCCAAUCUCAGCAGUAUGUAAUAAAGGGAAAGUUCCCAGCCAGUCGUGGCACAAUCAUGAUUGUUGCUUUCGUUGCCCUGGCCAUCAUGAUUGCAUCUCUUGUGGUGGUGAUUGCUAUACAUCCUUCAGAGCACGAGCUGUAG